UUGUGAUUGUCCGCCGUCGAGCAUGUGAAGCAGGGACGGUGCGAUGGUGAAGAACGACGGGGACGAAGGAGGUGAGCUCGCACAACCUCGUGGUCGCCACAUAAAGAAGAGAGCUCUCAAGAACAAAGCUCUUGCAGUUUCUUUCAAUGAGAAAGACUUGAGGGACUAUGUAACUGGAUUUCAUAAGAGGAAGAAGAAGAGGAGAAAGGAAGCGGAGAAGCAGCAAGAGGAAGCGAAGCGGCGGAAGCGCAUCGAAUUGCGCAAAAAGAGAAAAGAAGAAAAAGAGCUGGUGCUAUAUGGUGGUAUUCUACCAGCUGAUCGGCCGGUUGAUGAGCAGAAUGAUGAUCACGAGGAAGAGGAAGAGAAGCCAUUUGCCCCAAUUUCUGAGACGACGACGUACGACAGUGGUAACAUCAAAGUCACAGUGAUAACAAGUGAGGUAUCUCGUGACGGAGAAAUCUGUCCCAUCGACAAGUCACAGACAGCAACAACCCAAUUGGUUGCAAAGGAUAAGAAGCACAAUCUGCCAAUUACCAAGAAGAAGCCAUUCAAGAAAGUUGCAAAACAGAAGUCGAGGCCGAAGCCCCGAAGUAAACGAGACAAAAAGAAAGGAAGAAAAAAGAAAUAGGUAACUAAACCAUCACUUUGCUCAUUCUUUACAAAAUGUUUAAAAUGAUGUGAUUGAUAUGUUAUCUCAUGAGAAUACGCAGAGGAGCAAUUUUUGGCUUGUUAUUUGAGGGUUGUGUAAAAGGUUUGGCCACUUUUUAAACUAGAAGUCCAAUUUUUCUUUUGAUGAGAUACACAGGUAAUAGGAUGCAGAGUUCCAAGAAGAAAAAACAACACAUCUAAAUCCAUCUAAGUGUUAAAAAAGUUAUCUUAGUUCUAUAUUGGAAGCAUGCAAUGUGGCUUAUAGCAAUGUGCUAGUAGUGUAUCUCAGCAUUCAUCAGUUUUUCUUCUGGUUUCCCCUGUGAAAUCCAAAGUGUCAAACAAUAUGAAUUUUUAAAAAUGAAUAAAAUUGGACGCAGCUAGAUUUUGAGACCCA